AUGAAGCCGUUAGAGGAAGAUCCUGCGCUGCAGCAGGAGCAGCGAGAGCAGCAGCAGCAGCAACAGCAGCAGCAGCAACAGCAGCAGCAGCAGCAGCAACAGCAGCAGCAGCUACUGCCUGACGAGAAUGAACACCGCAAGCAUCAACACAAGCAUCAGCGCAAGCUGAACAUGGAGGUGGAGCAGCAGCAGCAACAGCAGCAAAACCAGCAGCAACAAGAGCGGCAGCAGCAACACACGCCGUCGCCGUCGCCACAGCAGCAGCAGCAGCCGCAGCAGCCACAGCAGCUGCAGCAGCAGCAGCAGCAAGAGCAGCAGCAGUGCGAGGCGGAGUGCCAGCAGCAACAGCAGCUGCCGGAAGAGCAGCAGCAGCAACAGCAGCAGCAGCACCAGCAACAGCAGCAGCACCACACCACGCAUCACCAGCCACCGUCGCCACAGCCACAGCAGCAGCAGCAGCAGCAGCAGCAGCAGCAAGAGCGGCCGCGAGGGAGGAGGCCGCAGGCAGUGUCUCUUCCUGCUGCUGCUGUUUUAUCUUUUUCUCGCAGCAGCAGCAGCAGCAGCGCCCUCCGCUGCAGCAGCAGCAACGGGCAGCAGCAGCAGCAGCUGCUGCUGCUGCUGCGCAGAACCCCCAUGGGUUCUUGCUAG